UCCUCAACUGGGCCAUGAUGAUGAGGAGGAUGCAGGUAUGUCGUUUGUGUCCGAUUUGGUUACAAAUAAUAUAUUAUUUCUCAAAAGUAUCCUCAUUUUCGUGGUACUCAAUCAUGUGCAGAGGGGAAUAGCAGGUUAUGCGUCUCCGUUAGAGACUACUACUGUUACAUGCUGCAAACAUGGCCUGCGAUCUUCAAUCCCAUACUCUGUGGAGCACGCCUGCUGCAGCAAUGGGCGGUCGACAUGUACAUCAAGAUUGAGAGUUGUCGGUUGAGGUGGUACAGGAAGAACCAGACGCAGAUUCGUGCCGACUUGUAUAAAGGAGUUGUUGAUGCGAUCACAUCGGGGGAGACGAGAGCAAGCGCUGUUGGCACCCGAAUAGUUCUCCCUGGAACAUACCCUGUUGGCGACCGCGACAUGAAGAAGAGGCAUAUGGAUGCCAUGGCAAUUGUCCAUACAUACGGGAAGCCUGACAUCUUCUUGACCAUGACUUGCAACCCUAAAUGGGAAGAGAUAACAAAUGAGUUGCUUCCUGGUCAGACGACGCAAGAACGACCUGAUAUUGUGGCUCGCGUGUUCUACGGCAAACUAGAGGCUAUGAAAUACAUGUUGUUCAAGAAGCAUAUCCUGGGUGUUGUGGUCGCUUACGUUUACGUAGUCGAGUUCCAGAAGAGGGGCCUCCCCCAUGCACAUUUUCUGUUGAUCAUGGAUUCAACAUAUAAGCUUGUCGUCCCGGAGCAGUAUGACCGACUAAUUUCCGCAGAGCUCCCAAACAAGCAGAAGUAUCCGGAAUUGCAUGCAUUGGUGGUAAAACAUAUGAUGCACGGACCCUGCGGUGCUCUCAACCCGAAGAAUGUUUGCAUGCAAGAUAAUGAAUGCAAGUGCAGAUACCCGCGCCCGUUCAAUGAGAACACAGCACAAGGCAAGGACUCACACCCAGUUUAUCGGCGUAGAGACGAUGGAAGCUGUGCUAAGGUCCGAGGGAAAAUGUUGGACAACAGAUGGGUUGUGCCUUAUAACCCUUACCUUCUGCGGAUGUUCAAUUGCCACAUCAACGUUGAGGUCUGCUCUAGCAUAAAGGCCGUCAAAUAUCUUUACAAGUACAUUUACAAGGGCCAUGAUAAGGCUUCUUUCAGCAUCGACCAGCCCGAUGCCGAUGGUAACAUCGAUGAGAUCAAGAGAUACGUUGACGCAAGGUGGGUCACCCCUCCGGAGGCUAUGUGGAGGAUAUUUGGCUUCCCACUUUGCGCCAAUUACCCGCCUGUCUUGCAGUUGCCUCUUCAUCUCCCAAAUAUGCACAGGGUUGCAUUCAAUGCGCAGGCUGACUUGAAAAAUGUUGUCGCCUCCGAAAAUGCUUCAAAAUCCAUGUUAACGGAGUAUUUCAAGGCUAACCAGGAACACCCUCGGGCUAGGCAUAUAUUGUACAAGGAUUUUCCCGGAAGCUUCACGUGGCAGAAGAAAAAGAAGUUUUGGAAGCCUAGGGUCGAGCGUUUUCAAAUAGGUCGCAUCGUGUCUGCCAAUCCUGCCGAGGGGGAGCGAUACUACCUGCGUGUGUUGCUAAACCAUGUUACGGGCAAAACAUCCUUCGACGACUUGCUCACCGUGGACGGCGUGCUAUGUGGGAGCUUUAGAGAUGCUGCUGAAAGGUUGGGACUCAUCGAGGCAGACAACACACUCGACGACUGUCUUACUGAGGCUGAGCAGUGGGCGAUGCCAUGUUCUCUUAGGAGGCUCUUCGCAACCAUCUUGGUGCACUGCGAGCCAGGCGACGUGCGCGGUUUAUGGGAUAGGCACCUCGAGCCUAUGUCAGAUGACUAUCGUCGAACACGCACGUCCCCGAACGAGGUGGAGCAGAUGGUGUUGCUUGACAUUAGGGGUAUGUUGCAGUCCAUGGGUAAAGACAUUGUUGAUUUCGCUCUGCCAAGCAUCGAUGAUGCGUUUGACCCAACCGAGGGCGAGGCAAGAGAGGUCAUCGAGGAAUCAACCGUUGAGUUUGACAUGGAUGACACUAAAUUGGCAUCUUCCCUGAACUUGGAGCAGAGGGCCGCAUACGACGAGAUACUAGCGGCUGUUGAACGUGGUGAUGGGGGUGUAUUCUUUGUUGAUGGCCCUGGAGGUACAGGAAAGACCUUCCUAUACAGGGCGAUGCUUGCCAAGGUGAGGAGCGAUGGCAAGAUUGGUAUCGCUACCGCGACGUCGGGCGUCGCCGCUUCUAUCAUGCCUGGCGGCUGGACUGCCCACUCGAGGUUGAAGAUCCCAUUGAGUUGCAAUGAUGGAGCCUCGUGCAGCUUCACCAAGCAGAGUGGGACCGCGAAGCUGCUAAGGAUGGCCUCAUUGAUAAUAUGGGACGAGGCCAGCAUGACAAAGCGACAAGCGGUCGAGGCAUUGGACAAUAGCAUGCGCGACAUUAUGGGAAUACGCGACCGACCCUUUGGAGGAAAGACUGUUGUUUUUGGUGGGGACUUUAGGUAG